AUGAUAUCGAUGAUCGCACACAAGUGUAUGCAGACGCUAGUCCACAAAAGUCUGUCCGACACUGAGAAACGCUACUGUCAAACUGAAAAAGAAGCAUUGGCGUUAGUAUGGUCAGUAGAACGAUUUCAUUUUUAUUUGUUUGGUCGAUACUUUGAACUUAUCACGGAUCAUCGAGCAUUGGAAGUAAUAUUUGCACCAAAGAGUAAGCCAUGCGCAAGAAUCGAGCGUUGGGUGUUGCGAUUACAAUCGUAUAAAUUCAAGGUAAUAUACAGACCAGGAAAAAACAAUAUUGCGGACCCGCUAUCACGAUUGGUUACCACAGAAAGACCACAACCGUGUUUUGAUAUAGGUGCCGAAAUAUAUGUCAACAACAUCGCUGCAUCAGCGGCACCCGUGGCGAUUAAAUUGGCUGAAAUCGAAGAAUUAUCACAAACGGAUGAAAUAAUUUGUGCAGUGAAAAAGGGUCUCACCGAUAACGAUUGGGAAGAGAAAGCCAUACCGUUGAAACCGUUUGAAACUGAGUUGUGUUUGGCCGGCAACAUUCUGUUGAGAGGUGUUCGUAUCGUCAUGCCAGAAAAGUUACGGCAACGAACUUUGGAAUUAGCUCAUGAAGGGCACCCAGGCAUGUCCAAAAUGAAACAACGGUUGCGAGGCAAGGUUUGGUGGCCGAAAAUAGACACAGAAGUUGAAGCAUAUGUGAAGAAAUGUCACGGAUGCAUGAUGGUAGCAGCUCCACCAGCACCCGAACCAUUGAAAAGAACAACACUACCAAGUGAACCGUGGCAGCAUUUGGCAAUUGAUUAUUUGGGCCCACUUCCAUCUGGAGAUUAUUUGUUGGUAAUUGUCGACUAUUUCAGCCGAUAUAAAGAAGUUGAAAUCAUGAGAAAAAUUGAUUCAGUGGAGACCAUCAAACGGUUGCGUAGAAUUUUUGCACUUUUUGGUUAUCCUUUGUCUAUCACGGCCGACAACGGAACGCAAUUAGUCAGCGUUGAAUUCAAGGCAUUUUGCAAUGAAACCAAUAUUCAUCUGAACAGCACUACGCCAUACUGGUCGCAGCAAAACGGUGAAGUAGAACGCCAAAAUCGAUCGUUGCUUAAAGUACUGACAAUCAGCCAAAACCAACGAUCCGAUUGGAAAUCAGAUCUGCAAACUUACCUACACAUGUAUCGGGCGACACCGCAUGCAACCACACUCAAAACGCCAUCCGAACUAAUGUUGGGUCGUACGAUUCGAGAUAAGCUACCUAACAUCAGCCAGCCAAUGGAACAGAAUGAAGAGCUCCGGGACAGAGACAAAGAGUCAAAAGAAAAAGGUAAACAGUAUGCAGAUGAGAAACGGCAUGCAAAGCCAAGCGAAAUAAAAGAAGGCAAUGAACCCAGCACACAGCCAAGCACACUGGAUGAAGCCAUUGCUCAAGGACCGGAAACUGAAGCUGUCAGCGAACCUCGGCCGAAGCGAAACUGUACCAAACCAGCUAGAUACACGGAUUAA